AUGUCGCUUCAUGGUCUAGAGUUGGAACCGUCUCAGACUCAGAGAAGUCGCUACAUGGUUAUCAGAGUUAGACGUCUUCAGACUCAGAGAAGUCGCUUCAUGGUCUCAGAGUUGGGACCAGUCUCAGAUCAGAGAAGUCGCUUCAUGGUCUCAGAGUUCGAACGUCUCAGACGCGAGAAGUCGCUCAUGGUCUCAGAGUUGGGAACAGUCUCAGACUCAGAGAAGUCGCUUCUGGUCUCAGAGUUGGAACAGUCUCAGAUUCAGAGAAGGGGGGGGGGGGGGGGGGGGGGGGGGGGGGGGGUGGUGGGUGGGGGGGGGGGGGUGAGGGGGGGGGGGGGAGGGGUGGGGGGUGUGGGGUUGGGUGGGUUUGUUGGUGGGUGUGGGGGGGGGGGGGGGGGGGGGUGGGGGGGGGGGUUUUUUUUCACACACAAAACACACAACACCUUUUUCUGUGGGGGGUGGGGGGGGGGGGGGGGGGGGGGGGGGGGGGGGGGGGGGGGGGGGGGGGGGGGGGGGGGGGGGGGGGGGGGGGUGGGGGGGGGGGGGGGGGGGUGGGGGGGGGGGAGUGGGGGGGGGGGGGGGGGGGGGGGGGGGGGGGGGGGGGGGGGGGGGGGGGGGGGGGGGGGGGGGGGGGGGGGGGGGGGGGGGGGGGGGGGUGGACCAUGA